UGAAAAUUAAUAUUUAGAUAAACCAUAUCAUUUUCGAAUACUUAUUAAAUGAACAAAGAAAUACAGCUCAGUGCAAAUGAUAAAGCUUACAGAUCUGACAAAAAGAUUAGCCAGAGGUUCCUUUCAUCCUCUCAAAGCGAGAGACUCCGGUUUCUUCGUUGGUCUGGAAAGUCUCUCUGGUUGAGGUGAAAGCAUGCCAAACUAAAACUCGAGUCACCCAAAUGCCAACUAUCCACAAGAGAUACUUCUCUCACUUCUGCUGAGAAGAGCCCAGGAGAUACUGAGCUCAACUUACUCCAAGGGAAGAUAUUCUCUUGAACGAAACCUUCCAAAGAAAAAUGCAUCGACGAGUUCCUCCAGCUAAACAAGAUCAAGGAGGCUGAUUUUACUGGGAUGCUUUCAGCAUCCCAGUAA